GAAAAAUAAAAAAUAUUCAAAAUGAAACAGAAAUGUCGUUUUGAUUUUAUGAAUUUGAAAUUUAAUAUAAUAUUUGGCGUUCAAGCAACUUAAAUAAAAGACAAUCGCAUAAUAAGACUCGCGCAUUAUGGAUGAUGACGAACUCUUUACGAAUAUAUGCGAGAAAGUGCGCUGUACGCUACUGUCCGCCGAUAUGGAGAAGUUGAACUAUGUGCGUGAAAUGCAGGCACGCCUUCAACAUCAAAGCAUUUUCACCAAUGCGCUAGGCUCCGACAAGUAUGUCGACGAAAUGGAUCAGAAUUGGAUUGAGCGCGUGCGUAGCUACAGCACGGAGAAGUCCAUAUCUGACAGCUUUGAUGGUUCCGAAACGGCGGAAAUGGAAGACUUAAUGGAGGAGGAGGAGGGAACAGCAACUAAGUCGGAAGGUACCGAAGAGCAGGCGGGUGAUGUGUGGCAAGGCUACUUUAAAGGUUUUCAAAUAUUAAGUGAAGCUCAGGAGGGUGCCAUUGGAGACAAUAAAAAAUGCAUUGAACUGACAUGUAGCGAUUUUGAUGAUACAAUAAUUAACUAUUUGCAUGCCGGCAUUAGCUGCUUUGCUAUUGAUCUCUUUUACGGUACUGUCGUUGAAAAUCAGGCUUUGAUUUUGCGUGUACGAGAAAGUGAACUAAAGCUCUCCAAGGAGAUCGGCUUUCCGAUAUCAUCCACAAUAUUCGCCAAACUUAGUCCACGCCUGCAAUACACCGGCCUAAUGUAUCCACCAGACGUCGAGGUCGUGCUAAACAAAGGCGACGAGAUCACAUUGACUAGUAUGCGUGAAUGGUCGACGCAUUGUAGCAAGAGUUGCGUUUACGUGAACGCGGCUUUUCUAUUCAACGAUGUGAAUGUUUUCGAUUUUAUUUGCAUCGGCCCCGAAAUACAAGUGUCUGUGCACAAGAAGGACUCGCACUUGCGUUGCACCGUGGAAGUGGGUGGGAAAUUGAGCUCGCGAAUGCCGGUUUUAUUCCCUUCACGCUGCACGAAAUUCCUUGUGUCUAUGGAGGAAUUGGAGGAUAUCACUUUCUGCAAGGAGGUAGGCAUAAAUAUCAUCGUCUCGUACAUUGGUGGCACAGAGGAAUACUUCGAAAAUGUAAAAUAUGCAUUGAAGACGUUGAGUUGUGAUAAUAUGCGUAUAUAUGCCCGUAUUGUGCUCAAUGAAGUAAAAGGUUGCGACAACGACAUGGAUUGGAUGGCCGAAAGCUAUGAUGGGUUCAUCAUUGAACUGAGUCCUUCUGAUAAGCAUCCAGAGAAAGAUAUACUACAUCUCUGUCCGGCCGGUGAGGCGUUUAUCAAACGCGCAUAUCAGCUACAGAAAGUGAUCGUAUUGGCACCUUCUUUGAUCGCCAGCAAACGACUGAUCGUCGAUCCAGCGCACUAUCAUCACAUAUUUCACUAUCCCGAUAAAUAUAUUUUGCCUUGUGAUCACUCCAAUAGUGCUUUCUACUUCUUUUAUUUGCACGAUUCAAUUUCGGAAUUGCUGAUCGAAGAGGCUCUCAGUAAGCUGCCAUAUUGCGAUCGUUCGCUUACCGGCAGCGACACGCUAGCGCGUUCCGUCGCCUGUGCCUCGUAUGAGAUGAACGCACCCUUGAUAUUUGUGUGCUCGUUAACCGGUCGUAUGGCGGCGAAGAUUUCACAUUUCCGCCCAAAAGCACUAAUUAUUUUCAUAACACGCAUGAAGUCCGCUGAGACUUUUAUUUCGAUGCAUCACAACGUCAGAUUUCUUUACUAUAAUGGUAUAACGGAUGAAAAUUAUUACAGUUCGUUGUACAAACAUCUGCUCUUCGGUUUGCUAUACGCCGAAUCGCAACGAUUGGUCAAACACGACGACAAUGUAAUGUUCGUGUAUCGGGAGACCGCCAGCAUUCGUUUGCCGAACAAGUAUGUGACAUAUAAAUUCCACGCGCGCCAUUUCCCACAGCAUUUGGAUAAGAUUCUUUUUAGCAAGUUCCCAGACGGCUUCUUUAAACAUCAACCCAGACAAGACGGUAAAGAUAGCAAAGCAGCACCAGUUGAAUCUGUAUCAAGUACGAGCACGGAUAUCUUAGUUAAAAAGAUUAAUUAAUUGACAUAUUCUGAAAUUGACUGUAAAUUCUAAAGGCCUAUUGGAUCAUCCUAUAGAUAUGCAACGAAAUUAAACGUAUACAUACAUAUAUACUUUUAUAAAAAAAAAUAAAUAUUUAUAACAUAU